CUCGAGGUAACCGAACGCCACGCACUCUCCCCCAUUCACACUCUUCUUCCUCCUCUCUCGCCUUCUCCCCUUCCCCUCUUUGGCUCUUUCCACGCCCUAUCGAUUUCCCCUCCAAAAAUUCCGCCCUCCUCUCCUCCCAAUCUGCCUCGUCUCGUACUCCGCCGGCGCCCUCUCCUCCUCCUCCUCCACCUCCGCUUCGGGCUCUGGACUGGCGGCAGAUAUCGGGUUCGCCGGGAACAGUAUGAAAAGUGAAGAAGAGGACACCGAUUUUCUUGAUGACGCAAACAGGCCUGUGGCGCGUCUGAUAGUUGAUUCGCCCAGAGGGACCCAUUGUAUGGAUGAAACUAAUUCAUUUUCAAGUCGACGAAGCUUUGAAAAUGGGGGGCAGGAGCUUUCACUACCUAGAAGACUGUCCUAUGGUGAUGAGAUCCCUUCUCUGUCUAGUCGCAGGUGCAAUGGCAAUGGGGUGCUUUCACACUCGAAUCAAUGGCACUAUGGUCCGGAAUCCCGGUCACUCUCAACUAGACAAGGUUAUGGCGAUGAAAUCCCUUCUCUAUCUAAUCAGAAGUUCAAUGGCAUUUUGCACUCAAAUCAGGGGCGCUGUAGUGCUGAAUUCCCCUCAUUCUCAAGUAGACAGAACUAUGGUGAUGAGAUCCCUUCUCUGUCUACUCAAAAGUCUAAUGGCAUGUCAUACUCAAGACAAUAUCAGCAGUAUGGUGCUGACAUCCACUCAUUCGCAAAUAGACAAGGUUAUGGCGAGGACAUUUCGAAACUAUCUCACCACUGGCGCUACCGAGACAAAGUAUCUUUGUAUUCUGGUCAGAGGUGCCAUGAGGCCCAUGAUGCUGAGGCACGUCAAUUAUCAAGCUACCAGCAAGGCGCUUCUCGUGGGAGUGUGCACCCAAGAGGCUACCAGAAAGGUACUUCUCGUGGAAGCAGGCGCCCAAGUGACAAUUUUGUCAAUAGUCAUGUUAGUAAUCAGCAAGUCAAGAUGACCACAACCAUACAUACUGGCACAAGACCACAGGUGGCUAACGGAGCUCUUAACAACACUGACUACUGUCGAAAUAGCAAGAAGGAAAACCCAUUGGGAACUUCUGAGGAUUUAAGGGACCGAGUUUGUGGUCCCCGUGCAAACAAGUUGAACAACGCAUCAACACCGACUAUGAAGAAAGAUAUCUUGAGCCCUUUGGUCCGUAGAGACCAAUUUAACAGAUCGGACUUCUCAGUUCAGUAUGAACAUGCCAAGUUCUUCAUGAUAAAGUCAUAUAGUGAAAAUAAUAUUCAUAAAGGUAUCAAAUACAAUGUUUGGGCAAGUACAUCAUAUGGGAACAAUAAGCUGGAUGCUGCUUUUCAUGAUGCUCAGGCUUUAACUAAGGAAAAGGGCACAAAAUGUCCUGUCUUUCUAUUCUUUUCGUAUUUCCUGUUUCAGGUUAAUACCAGUGGGCAGUUUGUAGGAAUGGCUGAGAUGCUAGGUCCUGUUGAUUUUAAGAAGACCAUGGACUUCUGGCAACAAGAUAAAUGGAAUGGCUUUUUCCCUAUAGUUUGGCACAUUGUAAAGGACAUUCCGAAUCGGCUCUUCAAGCACAUCACCCUUGAAAAUAAUGACAACAGACCUGUUACUUUCAGCCGGGACGCUCAAGAGAUUAGCCUACCCCAGGGUCUGGAAGUGUUGAAAAUUUUCAAGUCUUAUUGCCAUGGAACAUCAAUUCUGGACGAUUUUGACUUCUAUGAAGGAAAUGAAAAUACAUGCUGUGCACUUAAGGAAAUAAAUGCAGACUCGUUACAUGAAGCUAGACUAUCCUAUUUCGGAACAGAUGACUUGAAAUCAAUGGGAGACAUAGAGGCAAGCAUGGAGACUAUCAGCCUCCACGAGCCUUGAGACUGAUCCAGAUGGUUUUGCGCCACAUCGCAAAAUUCAUCGAGGGGCGCGGUUGAGCCACAGACGGAAAUUUGAUCCAAUAAGUGGGCACUAUGCAAAUUAACAGAAAUCUGCUAUAGAACGUUUGUACUUUGUAUGGAUCAGAUAUAUAUAGUCCUCAGCAAACACAUAUAUCUAGUGCACACUUAGGGUUCUAGUGGGUUUGGCGACACACGUCGAUUCUUCGGCAUGGUGCGGUUGGAAUCAAGGCAAAGUAUAAUGGAUUCUGCUGUA